AUGACAGAACAACCGGUGGCGUUCAAAAACGGUGCCGAUAUCCACUUCGACUACAAAGGUGAAUCUCCCCAAGUUGCGGCGUCCAAAAAGAAGAAGAAGAGAAAAAGUAAGAGCAAAAAGUCGGUGGAUGUAACUCAGGCUCAUUUGGCCAAUCCCGACGAAGAUUAUCCAACUUCCAGAGUAAUUAAACAAGCACCAAAUGGCGAUGUCAUCGUCGAAAGCCUCAAUGAAGAUCCACCCAAGCACCAUGAUCACAGAGACCAUCUCCAUUCAAGCAUAUGGGACAGUGCAUCCCUUGAAGAACAAGAGAAUUUGAAAUUGUUCUGGGAAUCAUUGGGCGAAAGCCAAAAGAUGGAACUUGUCAAGAUAGACAAGAAGUCAAUCAUGGAAAUCUUCAAAAAUGAAACGAAAGCAUCUAUAAAUAAUGCUCAUCAUAACCAUGCUAAUGGAUCUACAAGCACAGGAAACUCCAAUGGAACAUUGUUCAACAAUAAUUGUACCUGCUCGUAUUGUGGGAGAAGAAGCAAUAUAAUAGAGGAUGAAUUGGAGAAUAUUUAUGACAAUCACUUUGAUGACAUAAUAGAUUUCAUUCACGAGGUACGAGAUAUUAACGACUUGAAUGCUUUGCCAGGUUUGUUGUUUGGAGGGUUUCAUAUGUUGGAAGAAGAGCAUAAACUUCAAAAACGACAACAUCGGCUUAAGCACAGGUCCGAAAGUGAAACUGAACGGGUGCAAAAGCCUACUACGCCUGCACCCAGCGCACCAAUUGGAGGUCACAGGGAACAACGUUCUCUUAUGAGCGAGGAAUCCAAACACAAGAUAAACAAAAUUAACGAGAUCAACGACAAUUUGAACUUCACCAACACAGAAAAAUUGGAAGAAAUUCAAUUGAAAAAGGCAUUGGAUGAAGAUUUCAAUGCCCACAUAGCCCCACCCCUUCCCAGCAAACAAGCAGGUACGGAUACCACAGAUGAGCAGAAAAUUUUUAAUAAAUUAUUGGACCCAAAGCUAGUGGAAGCAUUGGAAAACCUAGAUUUCGAGAAAAUGAGACUGGAUGUGAACGCUUCCAUGAUUAAUAACGAUUACAUAAAUCAAGCUAAUCUUCUACAGAAAGCUGGUUCAUUGAAGGAGAUUAUUAGGGAUCUCCACAAAGCUGAUAAGGCUCAGUUAGAAAAGGGUAUGUCCUUUUUGCAAAACAUGGGUAACAUCUUUUCUUCCAGCGCAAAUACUUUGAAUAAUGAUCCCAACAUACCAUCCAAUGUCUUAACUACCAAAUUCAAUGAUCAAUUAACUCAAGGAUUAUCUAGUUUCGCAGAAGAUUUACUCAAAAACGAUGGUCACUCUUUCGUUGAUAUGAUGGAAUCUUUAUCUGAGUCAAGAACAGCACGAGAGGAUAUUUUGAAAGAAUCUAAAUCCAAAAUUGAUGCUCCGGCUGCUUGGGUUGAUGAGGAUGAUUCGAAGCCCUCGCUGUCACAACCGGCAAUUGAUGCUGAAAGAGAUUAUGAAGAAUAUGAAGAUAAGUUGAACAGCAAAUUCGAAUAUGAAGAAGACGAGGGUAUCGAAGACAACGAGGAGGAGGAAGACGAAGAUGAUGAUGGCGAAGAAGAUGAGGAGGAGGAGAACGAGGAUGAGCUAGAUGAUCAAGAUGCAAGUGACACGGAAUCCGAAAUCUCAGAAGAAGAAAAGAUGCAAGAGAUUCGCCGUUUAUUUUUGAUUCAAGUGAUAAAAUUGUUUCAAGAAAGGUUGAAGAAUGCGUAUAAGGAGAAGUUAUCUAAAGAUCGUACCCAAAUGUUGAUUGAAGAGUUGGAAGCAGAAGAAAACGCAAAGAAGGAACGGGAAUUGAAAAAGUUACAGCAGAGAGAAAAGGCAAAAGAAAAGAAAAGACUUCAACAAUUGGCUAAGGAGGAGGAAAGAAAGAAAAAAGAAGAGGAGCAAAGGAUCAAGGAAGAGGAGGAACGCCAAAGGGCUGAAGCCUUAAGAGCAGAGCAAAAACGGAAGAAGGAAGAAGCACGUCUCAAAAAAGAAGAAGAGAAGAAAAAGAGAAUUGAAGAGUUGAAAAGGAAGGAGGAAGAACAUCGUAAAAAGGUAGAAGCACAAAUCCAAAAGGAAGAAGAGGCUAAGAGAGUCAAGGAAGAAAGACGCAAGAGAGCGGAAGAGGAACGCAAAAAGAGAGAGGAAGAGAAGAAGCAGAAGGAGAUCUUGAAGAAACAAAGAGAGGAAGAAAAAAGGUUGAGAUUAGAGAAAGAGCAAAAGGAGAGGCUCAAACAAGAGCAAGACAAUCAAGAUCGUAUAGCAGCCGAAAUAUCACAGAAGGCUGCGUUUGUUGCCGUAGAAGAUGACGAAAAUGUUCCAAUUUCUCCUACAAAAUCACCUUCAAAGAAUCACAUUUUGGAACAGUUGUAUCAAGCUCGUCCUGGAUCUAUCUCCAACGCCUCAAAUACCCAAUUAUCUAAUCCAGACCCAUUCCUUCCAGGAGGUGUAUCUCCAAACCCGGCCAACAUUAUUCCAAAUCCUCAGCCAUUCCAGAGUGUCUCGCCCUCUACGCACAACAGUCUUCUCUAUGGAACCCAAACGGGAUCUAUGUCACCGUGGUCGAGUAAAUCUAGACUCAACUCGGUUUCAAACGUUCCAGCAUCCCAACCUAACUUGUUCCAAUCUCAGCUUUCCAAUAAUUUCAGCCCGUUUAAUGGAUUUAGUGGCGAAACUCAGCUAGGAACUGAACCAUUUAAUAGCAAUCCCGCGCCUGGUACCAAUAGCGUUUGGAGCCAAUCGCGAAAUAAUUCCAUCUGGAGCACCACACCUUCUGGGAAUAUUUGGGGCAAUAAUGUCAAUAUGCCCAACGCGAAUAUUCCGAACCCUGUUGCCAAGCCUGUCAACUUAGUUGCAGACUCCUUGAUCCAGACUGCCGCCUUCAAUGCAUUCCAACUCUUGCAAAACUCCAACCAACUUGAAUUCGGUGUCGUUCCUCUUUUGAAGCUUUACCAAAGCACCAAAACUGUCAUGAACAACAACGCGCUCACUGUCAAUCAGUUUUUGGGAGCAUGUCGCAGCAACUCGUCGUACCUCUUUGAUUUAAUCUACGAUGACUUCGGGACUGUUACCCAUGUCAAGGUUUCCGAAUCUACGUUGGCACCUCAGUAUCCUGCGUACGCCCCCAUAAAUCCAAACCAAAACGUGCAAUUCGUUGCACCCAGUGCCGGAGUUGCUGCGAUACCUGCAACAGCAAAUGGAAAUUUCCGGACAUCUCCGCCUCCAGGUUUGGGCUCAUCUGCUGGAAGAGAAGAACCAUUUGGAUUCAACGGCUUCGGCGACACUUCGGCAAAUGGAGGUCGAGGGCUAUGGAACUAA